CCCGUUCGCUUCCCGCCCGCCGCGAUGUCCCGCCGCCGGCAGGAGCCCGACAGCGGAAUCGAAUCCCUCUCUGCAGACGAGCAAGACUUGGAGGCCUCCUGCGAGGAAGGAGCAGGCUGUGCCGAGGGCUGUGCCGAGGGCUGUGCCGAGGAGCUCCCAGCAGGAGAGAAUGGUUCCGAAAGCAGCUCCAGCAGUAGCUCAGAAGAUGACUCAGAUACUGAGGAGUCUGAUACAAGACGGUCGGAUGAAGAGCAAGAAAAGAAAGAAUCACAGCCAGACCGCAAUGAAUCUGGUGGAGUGAACUGUCUGCCCCACUGUGAGCAUUGCAGAAAUGAAAACGCCCAGAGGGAGCAGGUGACCCCUAGGAGACUUGCUGGAGGACAAUAUUUGCUGAAGCUGGACGCGGACGGCACGUACCAGUGCAGCGUCACGGGCCUGAUUUUUGAGGUGACCGAGGCAGUCACCAUCAGCUACUCCCUGCUGUCCUGGAGCAAGUACGCCGGGCUGGUGAAGCCACCGUGGGUGGUGGGCGGCCCCCUCUUCGACGUGCAUUGCAAGGCGGCCUCCGCCCUCACCUCCAUCGCCUUCCCCCACUCCCUGUGCCUUGGCGAUGGUGACUCCCAUCCGGCCUUCAAGGUGCUGCACAUCAAGGGCGCGGGCGCAGCCAUCGAACCGUCCAUGGACUACUCGGCCUCGCACGUGCGGUGGCUGGUCAGCUCGCUGUCGCCCGUCGGGCCGCUCAUCCGCAGCGAGGAGCCCCUGCUCUACCACGGCGCUGUUGUCCUGUACAAGGCCGUCGACAGCGACCCCUCCUUGCUGUUCCGGGUCUACGUGGCCACGAACAACGAAUCCUUUAUCAAGGAUAUAGCAAAAGCAGUAAAACAUUCAAAAAAGAAGUUCAUUAAAAUCGACAAGCCCCCUGUGUGCCAAAAAUUACUACAGAAAGGAAAGAGAUACAGAUUACUCUGUGAACCAGAAGCUGAAGUAACUCCGGAGGAAAUUGAAUUUGUUGAUGGAUCUCUUUUGAAACUAAAAAGUUACAUUGAAGUCUAUUUGGAGAAACAUGAAGACUUCACCUUGUCUUUGAUUGAACUGGAGUCUGAAGCAGUUGUAUGGAAAGCAAAGCUAAGAGAAAGUGACUGGAUACAUUAUGAUCAGAACAAAAAUGAGCUAAAACGAAAUGCAGUCAGCAUCAAAAGACGGAAAUCAACCAACAGCUUUUCCGAAGAAGAGACACACCUUGGCAAAAAGCAAAGGUCUAACAGUACUACAGAUGGAAUUAAAACAAUGAACUUACUAACCGAUCAACAGCUGAUGGCGAUCGCAAAGUUGUUUGGUGCAGAGUGGAAAGAAGUCGCCAUUGAAUGCCUUCAGAUGGAAAUGAAAGACAUUCAGCAGAUUCAGGCGAAGGAACAGGAAGUCAAUAUGCAAAAAUUUCUGCUGUUAAGCAAGUGGAGAGAAAGAGAGCAAAGCAACGGAACCGCACAAAAUUUGUACAACAGACUCAGCGAAAAAGUAUCAUACGAUAUAGUACAAUUACUAGAAGGCUUUAUGGCUCAGUGAUGAGUUCAAGAAGAAGCUGAUAAAAAAGCUCGGGAACUUUCCCCAUCCAAAUGGUUAAACUUCUCCAGCUGUUUCCCUGGCAUUUCACUGUGACUCAGUAAUGAAGAUGCAAGUCAUAAUCAGUCAGUGGAAAGUUUAGACAGUCUAUGAAAGAAAUGUGAAUGAAAUUUUGCACUGAUGUAAGUGCAAGAAGUGUUUUCAGGAGUAAUUACUCAUGUGGCUUUUUCAGGAGUAAUUACUCAUGCGCUUGGAUGCCGGUCAUCGCAGCCGUCGAGUCAGGAUGGAAGUGCCAGGCUUCACGUGCCCCAAAUUUGCUACAGAAUUUUGUCUUGUUUGAGCCAGUCCUAAAAGACAGUGAACACUAGGAGAAAUUGGUUUACCUUUAUUGGGUAUAUGACUAUUACCUUGAAACAUUUUUUUUACAUCAGGGAAAGACAGGGAGAAGAGUUGUGCAGCAACUUUCAUCCCCCUAAAAAAUAAUGGAACUGUCAAAAUCAUGAGGUAAGUUACAUUUCAUACAGAUGCUUACGAUCAGGGAAGAAUACUCUUAAAUUUGCAGACAAAGUUGUUUGCAUAAUUGCUGUAUAUAUGUAGCCACUGUAUAUAUUCGUGCAUGCUCAGCCUUUGUUGGGCUGUGGUUCUGUUUUCUAAAAAAAAAAAAAGACCAUUUUCAGAGUAGCACUACUACUAACCACAGGCAGCUUUGAAUUUUCUGUGGGAUUUUCUUGUUCACUCUUGUCUUGUAUAGUCUGUCUCAAUUUUUAUAUUUUUUGUUGUGUAUUUUUUUGUAUUAUGAACUUUUUAUACAUUUUUUUACAUGAACAAUUUUAACUUGAAUAGAAUGAGGUGCUUAAACUGAAAUAGAAAAAAAAAAUAAAAAAAACCACCUCAUAUUUUGAGUUUUAGAAAACUCAACUUGGAAAACUCAGGUUUUCCAAGAAGAGUGUUACUCUGUGGGCAAUACCUGUAGUAUUGUAAGUAGUACAGUAGUAAGAGAUCUGAAAAUAAUGUCAUUUGCAGAAGAGAGCAGCUACCUGAUUGUCUUAUUUUUAAAGACACGCAAUUCUAUGGAUCAUCUUCCCCUGUGUAUGUUUAUGAAAGGAAAAGCAUACUUUUUAAAAAUCAGGAUUAAAAAGGAAACAUUCACAC